AUCACCAUCUGGAGCAUCGAAAAACCAGGAGCCUCCAAACCAAACUCGUAAGCGAAAGGAGCAUUCCGAGCUCAGCUUCAUGGCAACCAUAGCUGCUAGUGCCAGUCCAGCCAUGCAAGAAGCAGCAAAGACGCCGAGCGCAUCGCCGCCCCGCAUCAUGGCCGCCUCGACGGCCUCGCCGGCUCGUUACCGGCCUUCGCUUCUGGUCAUAUUCAGUGCCUGCCUCGUCCUGAUCGGCGCCGGCGGGCCGCUCUUGCUCCGCGUCUACUUCGUCCACGGCGGGCAACGCCUGUGGCUCUCCGCGCUGCUCCAGAUCUCCGGCUGGCCACUCCUCCUCCCGCCCCUGUGCGUCUCCCUCUUCCGCGGCCGCCGCCACGGCAUCGCCAACCUCCUCCUCCCGCUUCGCCUCGUCGGCGCGGCCGCCGUGCUUGGCAGUUUGUACGCUGUGUCGUGUUUCGUGUACGCGAUGGGGUCGCAGGCGCUGCCGCUGUCCACGUCGUCGCUGCUGCUGGCGACGCAGCUUGCCUUCACGGCCGUGUUCGCGUUCCUCUUCGUUGGGCUCCGCUUCACGCCCUUCUCAGCCAACGCCGUCAUGCUGCUCAUCAUCGGCCCGGCAGUGCUCGGUGUCGGGCCUGGGUCUGGGAAGCCGGCUGGCGAGCCAUCCAAGACGUACUGGACCGGGUUCUGCGAGGGCAUCGCUGCAGCGGCGCUCGCCGGGCUCGUGCUGCCGCUCGUUGAGGUCGCCAUGGAGCGAUACGGGCGCCGGACGGGACCCGCCGCGAGGAUACCGCCUCCCUACUCCACGGUCAUGCAGAUGUAG